AUGGCUUCAAACAAGCAGCCUCAUCGAAUCUUCUACAUAGUAGAGAUACUGGAGGAAAUCCUCCUCCAGACCGAGAUACGCACCUUAUUGAUAUCUGCGACGACAGUAUGCCAUUUCUGGCGCAAUGUGAUUCAAGGGUCCUCCGAUCUCCAGGCCACCCUCUUUUUCAAGCCAUCGAAGAAACGCAGGAGACGCAACCAGAAUCCAUUUAUCCAGACAGAUCUAUGGCCUGACGUCUUUUUAAGGCGUCAUAGCAUGUCACCCAACCGGCCUUCCCAUGAUGAGAUAGAUAUGUACCCUAUCAUGGACCCGAACAAAGAAAAUGCAUACCUGAGGAACGAAGCAAGCUGGAGACGCAUGCUACUUUACCAACCACCUACCCCAUAUAUAGCAGUUCUCAGGUGCCAUUACAGCACAAGUGGCAUGCUCCCACUUGAAGUUCGCUACUAUUUUCUAUGUGAGACUACAGAGUUUCUUUGCUUGGAGCAUCUACACAACAGUGUUGAAAAUGGCAAACUCCUGCCGUGUAAGAAUCCUCUUGUAUUUGAGGACCAAAUGGAAUAUCUCAUUCCUAGUAAACAUGCCGCUGAACACCAAACUGACAUUGAAACCUUCCAAUCCCUGCUUAAAUGCGAUGCCAUGAUUUUUGGCUCCAUGGGCAUUUUAUGUUCUUUGUGUGAUAACUCCCCUGCAGGUGACAUUGAUGGCUGGCCGGAUAACGAUGAAAGACAAGAUUAUCUUGUUUGA